AUGGCGUAUAUGUGUUUGACUGUUCAUUUCAUUGAUAUGGAUUGGAAGUUGCAAAAGAAAAUACUAAAUUUUUGCCAAGUCACCGGCCACACGGGAGAGAUUAUGGCUCAAAAUGUUGAAGCUUGCUUGAAUAGCUGGAAGUUGAACAAGAUCUUGAGUUUGACAGUUGAUAAUGCAUCGUCUAACGAUGUAGGAGUUAUGUAUUUAAAAAGAAGGCUGAUUUCUUGGAAGAGUUCAGUUUUGAAUGGAGAGUAUCUCCAUAUGCGGUGUUGUGCACAUAUUUUAAACCUGAUUGUGAAGGAUGGAUUGAAGGAGAUUGAUGAUUCGGUUGCCAAAAUUCGGGAUGCUGUGAAGUAUGUUAGAUCCUCAAAUUCAAGAUUAACUAGGUUCAAGGCAUGUAUUGCAGAAGAGAAUAUUCCACAUAAGAGUCUUGUUUGCAUAGAUGUUGAAACGCGAUGGAACUCUACAUACUUAAUGCUAGUAGCAGCUUUAAAGCAUCAGAAGGCAUUUGAGCUAUUAGAGAUGCAAGACAAAAAAUUUGUUGAAGAAUUAAACAAGGGAAGAGGGGUACCUUCAAUUCAAGAUUGGGAUUAUGCUAAGUCCGUCUUACCAUUUUUAGAGAUGUUUUACGAUGCUACACUUCGCAUCUCUGGAUCCUCUUAUGUCACUAGUAACUUAUACAUGAAAGAAGUGUUUGCUCUUGGAAGGAGGAUUCAACAAUAUCGUGAUGAUGAUGAUUUGAGCAUAAGUCUUAUGGCAAGUAAGAUGAAAGCAAAAUACAAUAAGUAUUGGAGAAAUGCAAAAACUAUUAACAUGUUGUUGUUAAUUGCUGUAGUUCUAGAUCCUUGCCAUAAGUUGGAUUAUGUUGAAUGGUGCCUAGUUAAUUCUUUUGGUGCAGAAGUGGGCGGUGAAUUGAAGAUAAAGUUGUCUUCUUGUCUUCAUUCACUUUAUAAUUUAUAUCAAGGUGCAGAAGAAGGAAACCAAGAUGAUACCCUCUCCCAACCGAGUGCAAGUGAUAAAGCCAAAGACAUUUAUGAUAUGGGGUUAUAUUGCUGA